UUAACACAUAAUAUACCUGGUUCAGGCCUAUAUAUUUUAAAACAAGUCCGGCCUGGUUAAGCAAAAGCAUGGCGUGACCUAUUUACGCCCCUAGCCACGGGUAAGUAAAUCUCUAGUUUUAGGGUUUGUUUAUUUACAUGAAGACAUUAAUUAAUUAAUUAAUUAACACGAAUAGAUCGUCAUUGCCUGCCAAGCUAAAGGCGAUUCAGAGUGAAUCGAUCAUUUUGGCCGACCCGUUCCACCCCCAGCGCUCUUAUACAGGCAAUGGCGGGAGCAAAAGAAGAUCAUAGACGCCGCAGAUAUAGAACCGUGUAUUCAUCUGAUGAGGAACUGGAGGAGAUUAGGCAGAUGCUUUCUGAGGAUUUGAAUGAUGAGAGAUUAAACCCUGGGCCUGGGUGGCGUGAGCGGCGUCCCAGAACACCUGAGGGUCCAGAAAUUCUCAGAGCUCGUGCUUCGGAGCGGAAGAUUGAACUCACUGAACUGUCAUUGAAAUUCUACAAUCGAUUUAACAACACCUCGUAUGAGCUGGUUGAGGACGAGCAUUACCAUAUGAACUUCUGCUAAGCUUCCACAAGGGCCGGACUCCUCUCCCAAGCUCAUCUUCGCUGAACUGGAAGAGGAUGAAGAGUUCUACAGCUUUGAAGAUGAAGCAAAUAGACUCACUGCGUGCGUCAUCCUGGAAGAAGGCGAAGGAACAAUGUGCUGUAUUAGCUGUUCAGAAGCUGAAGGAAUCCGUCACCCUCUAGAUGGUUUCGAUUAUGGCAACCCGCAACCCCAAUAGGAGUCCGUAGUAGUUGGAUGUUUUUCAUUGGAUUUUAAUUUUGAAUAAUGCUUGUACACAUUUUGGCAUACACCUUUUGUACGCCACAGGACUAUCUGUCUACAAACAACUCUACAGAAUUGUGGACAGACAAUUCCGUGUGCGUGAGACAGAUGAGUGUACGAAAGGUGCGUGAGACAGAUGAGUGUACGAAAGGUGUAAACCAAAAUGUGUAUAUCAAGCACAGUUCUUUAAUUUUUUAUGAUUUGUUUAUUUGAUUCUGAUCUAAUCCAGAAUUGAAAGAAGUCUAAAUAAAAACAUUCUCGAUUUUUGCCUAGUGACUAGCUAAUACACUCUGCAUCUUAGUUGUAAAUAGAGAGUAGAGUACUCCC